UCGAAAGGGGAGUCUGAACUGAGCCGAGCCGGGCGCUGUCUGACGGCAGCUUUGGGCGAUGGGCCAGGUUCUUUAUCUCUGGCCACAGCCUGCGACCCCGACGAUUUGCAGACCAGAGUGGAUGCCAAAGAGAGGACCAUUAGAAAACAGUUUUGAGUGAGCACCCAUCACUGUCAUCAUGGAAAGACUCAGAGGGGAUGUGUCUCAAGGAUGUUUACCUGAAUAAGCCUGUGAAUAUGAGGCCAAGGUAGAAAAGCAAAGGGAGAACUCUUCUUGCAAAAUUUCAAAAAAAUCUCUUGCUCAAACCACUGGUUUUCAGCAAGUAGUAGUUGCCCAUGAAGAAAUAUCCUUUGAGGAAAAUGGACAUAAGUUUAAUGAAUUUGAGAGAAGUUUUGAUCUAAGAUCUAAACUUAUUCCACAGCAUAUUAUUCAUUCAGAAGAGAAACCACAGAUGCUUGAUCCAUUUGGGAAAAGUGUCAAGUGGAACCUAUCUCCAAGUAGAAGGCAAAGAAAUCCUAAAAAGAAAACUUACAAUUGUAGUGAAUGUGGAAGAAGUUUCAGUGACAGUUCAAAUUUUAUUCAUCAUCAGAGAAUUCAUACUGGCGAGAAACCUUACAAAUGUGACGACUGUGGAAAAGCUUUUAGCCAGAGUUCCUCUCUUACUGAACAUCAGAGAACUCAUACUGGAGAAAGACCCUAUAAAUGUAAAGUUUCUGGAAAAGCAUUCACUGUAAAGUCAUCUCUUAUUCAACAUCAGAGAAUUCAUACUGAGGAGAAACCUUAUAAAUGUAACGAAUGUGGGGAAGCCUUUAGUGACUACUCGUCCUUUAUUCAACAUCGAAGAAUUCAUAGUGGCGAGAAACCCUAUGAAUGUAGUGAUUGCAGGAAGUCCUUCACUGAUAUUCCAUCUCUUACACAGCAUCAGAGAAUUCACACUGGAGUGAAACCCUAUAAAUGUAAUGAUUGUGGGAAGGCAUUCAGACGAAGUACACACCUUACCCAAGAUCAGAGAACUCAUACUGGGGAAAAGCCUUAUAAAUGUCAUGAAUGUGGAAAAGCAUUCACUGCCCACUCGACCUUUACACAACAUCAAAGGAUUCACACUGGAGGAAAACCCUAUAUGUGCAGUGAAUGUGGGAAGGACUUCCCUGAGAAUUCAUCCCUUACUAAACAUCAGCGAAUCCAUACUGGAGAAAAACCGUAUGAAUGUAAUCAAUGUGGUAAAUCUUUUAGCCAGAGCACUCACCUUAUUCAACAUCAGAGAAUUCGUGCUGGGGAGAAACCCUUUAAAUGCAGUGGAUGUGGAAAAGCAUAUAGUAACAGCUUGGUCCUGAUCAGACAUCAGCAGCUCCACACUUUAAAGUCAUACUGAGGGUGUUACAGUCUUGUGGACCACAUCAUCCUUUCUCGACCUACUCUUACCCAUGCUGCCCUCUCUUCUGGUCACCAUUAUAAUCUCUAGGAAUGUUGUACUCCUGGGAUAAAAAAAAAAAUAGCAUUACAUAAUAUUUCUUUUAAGUUCCACCCACCAAAGCUGUUAACAGCAGCAGUUUGAAUAGAUUAUACUGGUUCUCCUAUGUCUGUCCUCGGGCUGUAUGGUCGAUACUCCAUCUCCCUGGAGUCUCCUCUGAAUGCUAACCACUUCGCCAGAUGGCCAAGGUGAAAGGCUGCCUGUCAUGAAAGGCUCUCACCAUGGGCUUUGGAAUCAUUCUCUCAGGCCCUAAUGACCUUUCAUUUCUGGGUCUUUUCACUCUAUUAAAACAACUAUGCAAGUGAUUUAUAUAUUUGGCCAUAUUUCCCAGUUCUUUGCUCUGCUUGCCCAAAAUACCAUUGGUUCAUCAGGCUGGGAUUAAGUAGAAAAAAAAUUAUACAAUAAUGCUUGGAAUCAUUCUAUAUUGGCAAUUUGGUUUAUGUAUCCACCUGUUGAGUCCUUUCAACCAGAUCAUGUAAAAGAUUGGACCAUCUAAAAAGUUCACUGGUCUUUUAAAACUCCAAGACUAGUCUUAUGGCUGCCUACAUCUUUCCAGUCAUCCAGAAUCCACAAUAUUUUUCAUAUAUCUGUUUCCUUUCAACUUUGACAUUACCACCCACUUAUGGUCACCAUGGCUGCCCACACCCAUGUAUUAGUCAAAAAGGUGAAGAAAUUCGGCAUUCAUUCUAUUUCCCAAGUCACCAUCAGUGUAGCUGACUUGGCUUCUUGUUAGACUGGGGCCAAAGAUCAAAUCUGGGACCUGACUUCCCACCUAUAUGCCCUAUGACUCAUAGUGGCAUUUUAUUACUGGUAAGCAACCAACCCUUUGCCCUGGUCCACUCACUGGGGCCAGAAUUAAAGGUAGAAAUGGAAUGAAAAUGACUGUUGCUCAGUGUGAGCAGAGCCAAGCCUCUGAGAGUGGACCUGGAGCCUUAGCUGACUUCACCAUAUUGUGAUGUCUUUAGACUCACUGUUAGGGCAGCUGAUACACAAACUCAUCAUGCUGCCCUGUCUUGUAGUUUGGAAACCUGCUCUGCAUGACUUUUUAUCUCAGCUUCCUUGUUUGGUGUUAGUUCUACUGCCACCUGACUUUGUGGUCAGUUUGCUUUGUGUCUGGUUCCUGCUGGUGAUUUUCUAUUCUUAGUUAAAGGAAAUUCACUGGCUCCCUGAUGUUAAUCUCAGGUGUGCUGCACUAGGUAUUGCUCUUAGAUGUUUUGCUGUUCUCUGGGCACCAGCUUCUCAUUAACAUUUUCGGCCUGAUUCCUCUUGAGUGGUUUUAUUGCCCUGGUUCACCCUUGUUUGUGAUUCUCUGGCACCAUGUGUGCCUCCGUUAUGGAGCUCCCACAUGUAGUGAGUGAGAUGCUUGUCUGUUAGACUGUCUGCUGCCUGAUUCAUCUUUGUGUCUCUAGUCUCCAAAAGACUGAUUGGCCUAGAGUUGCUGCUCAAUAAAAACUUUUUAAUAAGUGAUAUACCUUCGUAGUUGCCACUGUCACAACCCAACUGAACACAUUGUUACUGGAGAGUCUUUGAGGCUGUAGAAGCUCCUUGGGCUAGAUUCAUCUAGCCAAGGUGCGUACCUUGGCUGUCGUGUCUGUCCUUUGGUAUGGUUUGUAUGAGAGAUAAGUCAGUGUGAAGUCACACAAUACUGUGGUUAAGUGCUUGGGCCCUGGAGUCAAGACUGCCCAGGUUUGAGGUCCCACCUGGCAUUUACAGGUGGCUCAUGUUGCUCUUCUCUACACUUCACUUUCCUGAUUUAUGUAAUUGGGGUAACCUAGUAUCUACCUUAUAAUAGAGUUGUGACUGGUACACUUGGAGAACUUAGCACAGUGCCUGUUACAUAAGAAUUGCUUAUUAGCUAGUCUUGUUUGGACCCUGUGCACCUGCCUGGUGACUGAUCUACCUGCUCAUCUAGACCCAGAAUACAGCUUAUCUCUUGCUUUUCCAUUCCCAAUAUCCAGCCUUCUCUGUAUGAUAUGUUGUCAUUACUAAUUGUUUAACACUGGCCUGAAUCCAUAAGAUCUUCCUUUGAACUCACUGCCCCUUCUAGGCACCAAUUUCUUUCCUUUUUGCUGCUUAAAUCGAAUGAAUGGUCUGCAGGCCCUGAGGUGGCUUCUCUUGUUUCUUGAGUGUUAGCUUUGGCUCCAGUACUGUGCUCCUUGAAGAGAUGGGCUAUGUAGUCCUUCUGUAUCCUCUACAGUUGCCAGCAUAGUGCUUAAUGCAGAUAGAUUCUGAGUAAAUACUUGGUUACUAUUUGAUGAGCAUGAGGAUCCACACCAGCCCGGCAAGAGACCCCGCAGAGCAGUUAUCAGCACCUUAGAGGUGCUGUACUCUCAACUCCCUGAUUUGACAAAAACUAUUUGUUAUAAGAAUGCUAGGGUGUCUCAGAGUAUCUAAAGACAAGAAUGUGUCAGUGUCUAGAGCAACUAGAGCCAGAAUUCUAACACAUAGAGAUAGUCUCUGUGAAUGAUUUCCUUGCUCCUGCUGCAGGCCUGAGUUCUGUGUGGCAGGAAGCCUGGCUGCUCAUAGCUCUUAGGGUUUGUGUCACAGUGUCAAUCAUCCAAAGGCACUGCAUUGCUCCUGAUUUUCUGCGUGCCUCUUGAUCUAUCAGUUACUGACAAAGGAAUGUUGACGUCUCCAAAUAUAAUCGUGGAUUUGUAUAUUCUCUUUUCACUUCUAUCAAUGUUUUCCUCCUAGAUUUUGACACUGUUUUGUUAGGUGCGUGCACAUUUGGAUUGCUAUGCCUUCUUGGAGAAUUGGCCUCUUUAUCAUUACUGAUGCCCCUCCUUAUCCUUAUGUAUCUUCCUAGUUUUGAAAUUGGCUCUGUCUGAAAUUAAUAUAGCUACGCCAGCUCUUGGUGGUGUUAGCAUGGUCUGUUUGUCUCUGUUCCUGUACUUGAACAUAUCCGAGCUGUUAUAUUUAAAGUGUGUUUCUUGAGGACGUCAGUGUUGGAUCGUGUGUCUUUAUCUGCUUUCACAGGGUCUGUCUUUUAAUUGGCACAUUUAGACUGUCAUGCUUAGAGAGACUGAUGAUCUAGUGAGAUUGGUAUGUACCAUUUUACUGUUUUGUGCACUGUUCUUUGUUUCCUUCUUCCCUCUUUUCCUGCCUUAUCUGGUUUUAACUGAGAAUUUUAUGAUUCCAUCUUAUAUCUUCUAGCAUAUCAGUCAUAUCUUUUAAAGACAUUUUAGUAGUUGCCUUAGAGCUUGCAGUAUACAUUUUUAACUAAGUCCCCCUUUACAUGGAGCUGUAUUGCUUCGUGUAGUGGAGGCAACACAGACCAGGGCAUUCUCAGCUUCUCCCUCCUUCCCUUUUUUUCUCCCUCAAUCCUUUGUGGCGUGGCAGCCAUUCGUUUCACUUGCCCAUGUGCUGUAAUUGCCUGCUGCACUGUUAUUACAGCUUUAAAUAAGCAGUUAUCUUUGAGAUUAAUUAAGAAUAAGGAAUAAAAUAUUUUUAUUUUA